GCUAUAUUACUGAGGAGCUGCAAAUGCGGUAUCAAUCCACCAAGGAUGUGACUUCCCAAUCGCAAAUAUUUCAAGAUUUCCUGAGACGUUGGGAGGGAGACUCCGCUCUGGAUGCGCUUCGAAAACAAAAAUAUGAAUUCGGAAAAGAUUUGGACUGGUUCAAUGUGAGUCACCACUUAACCUUGGAAGGUUUACGUGGUAAAAUAGUUAUUUUAGAUUUUUUCACCUACUGUUGCAUAAAUUGUAUGCAUAUAUUACCCGAGCUCAAUCACCUGGAGAAGUUGUACCCCAUUGAACGUGGAUUAGUAGUGGUGGGUGUACAUAGUCCCAAGUUUGAGAAUGAAAAAGAUGCGGCGAAUAUUUUAGCAGCAGCACAACGUUAUAAUAUUGAGCAUCCCAUUGUUAAUGAUCCCUCAAUGUCACUGUGGCGUAGCAUUGGAGUACGUUGCUGGCCAACUCUAAUAGUUUUAGCACCUUCAGGAGCACCACUACUUAUGCUAAUGGGAGAAGGUCAUGGCCUUUUUUUGGAACGUUUUACCGAACAAGCUUUACGUUUCUUUUCCCAAAAACAGGAGCUUAAAGACUUUUCAUUGCCAUUAAAACCAUCAAUGGACUUACUUCCAGCUUCAAAACUGAAGUUCCCAGCCAAAAUUGCACGUAGUGAUGAUGGGAGGUUUGCGGUAGCAGAUGCAGGAAAUCAUCGCGUUAUUGUUUUUAAUUUCCAAGGAGAAGUCCUCAUGAAAAUUGGCUGUGGCUCUUCUGGUUUAGUUGAUGGCCACAUUUCGACUGCGCGUUUUAAUUCUCCACAGGGUGUGGCGUUCCUCAAUGAUAAUACUCUCAUUGUCGCUGAUACCGAAAACCAUGCUAUACGUCAAGUGAAUUUGAUAACACAAAUUGUUGAAACAUUAGCUGGUACAGGUCAUCAGGGUCAUGAUCGUUCUGGUGGAAAGGAGGGACCUCUUCAACAAAUAUCAUCUCCCUGGGAUGUUGCAGUAUACCGUACCCGAGACAUGGAUAUGUCCUUCCAUGUAGAUGAACAAAAUGUACCUGAAAAAACCAUAAUACUGAUAUCAAUGGCGGGUACUCAUCAGAUAUGGGGGUAUUUUCCAGAAGCUAUGAUUUGGUGGAAAUUCCGUAAAUUUGAACCCCGUACCUGUGUUUCGCUAAUUGGAAAUGGCAUGGAAGAGAAUCGCAACAAUUCGUAUCCUCAAAACGCAGCCUUUGCCCAACCUUCGGGUUUGGCUAUGGCUCAAGACUACCUAUUUAUUGCCGAUAGUGAAAGUUCGAGUAUUCGAAAAGCUUCAAUGGUGGAUGGAAAAGUUUUAGCUGUCGUUGGAGGAGAUCGUAAUCCGCAGAAUCUAUUUGCAUUUGGCGACGAAGAUGGUAAACAAUUUUCUGCUAAAUUACAACAUCCUUUGGGUGUUUGUUAUAAUCACAUUAAUGGUAAAGUCUAUGUGGCCGACACAUAUAAUCAUAAAAUCAAGGUUAUCAACAUCGAAAAUAAUACCGUGGAGACUUGCAAAUAUCUACAGGCGGAUGGUGUCACCUUGCAAAACUUUAAUGAACCGGCUGGUUUGUGUUUUGACAAUACCGGCAGAUAUUUACUUAUAUCCGAUACCAACAAUCACCAAUUAUUGUGUGUAGAUGUCGAAUCAAAUACGACUAAACGGUUCUCACUGACAUUUCCACAAAGUGUUGCCGAAGAUGAACGGGAUGGACCGUUACGCUCGGGUUUGGAAGUAAUUAAACGUUUGCCCUUGAGCAAAAGCAAACAAUUGAAGUUGUCAGUAUCGGUUGUACUUGAUGACAAACUUAAAUUCACCAAGGAAGCCCCACAGAAAUGGAGUCUCAACAGUGCCAAUUCAACAUUAAAAUCAUUAAAUACUCGUGGUUCACUGACAACAGAUGGCAAAUUUAAUUUACAACUUAAACGCAUUGAUGUUUCUGCAGAUAAACUGUCAAAAGAGGAUUUGAAAAUCGACAUGUCCUUGAGUCUUUGUGAUGAUAAAAGUUGCCUUAUGAAACGCUUUUCGUUACUUCUUAGCGAUGAUGAUGAUGCUAAUAGUUCAAAUGCUAGUAAUGACGAAUAUGAAGUCAAAGUUCAUAUUACACCUAAUAAUAUAGAAUUAAAGUAA